AUGAAGUCGGUCCUUACCUUUGCGGGCCUGGCCUUUGCCAGUUUCGCUGCCGCUGGCCCCUGCAGGCCUCGCACAACAACCACUGCUGCUGCGGUCUCUUCCUCCACCGAGAUCGCUUCCUCUACAGCGACUGAGACUGCUGCUGUUUCUACCAGCACGGGCUACUCCGUCCCUGUUGUCUCGGAGAGCUCUACAACCCUGGCUACAGUGAUUGUCUCGGAGACUAGCGCUACUGAGACAAGUGCGGGUGAGACAAGCGCCACUGGCACCACUACUGCCGAGACAAGUGCUGCCGGCACUACUACCGCUGAUACGAGCGCUGUUGACACCACCACCACCGCUGCCGAUACCACGACAACUGUUGAGGGUACUACUACCACCGUUGCUGACACCACUACUGCUGCUGAGGAUACCACUACCACUGCCGCCGACACCACUACCACUGCUGAAGGUACCACCACCGCCGAGGGUACUACUACUGAGGGUACUACUACUGCUGCUGAAACAACCACAACUGCUGAGGGCACAACUACCACCGCCGAGGAUACCACCACUGCCGAGACAACAACCGCUGAGGGUACUACCACUGCUGCUGACACCACCACAACUGCUGAGGGCACAACUACCACUGCUGAGGGCACGACCACUGCCGACGCCACCACCAGUACCUCUGCUGAGCCUACUGCCGACCAAUCUUGCGAUAACGCCGGCCUGGAGUAUGCCAUCUACAAGCACACAUUCUACAACUCUGAUCCUCCUCACUUCUCCUCCUUCGACCCCACCUUCUUCCAUACCGCCACCCCCACCUACCAGGGCGAGACCACUCGCAUUGGUAUCCCUCCCGGCACAGCCUCUGACACCUCCUUCGCCAUCUACGAUGGAAGCCCCUCGCAGCUGUGGCAGUACAAGGCCGUCAACCACCGCGCGUUCCUCUACGCCCCCGAGACCGGCGACUACACAGUCACCAUCCCCAACUCUGAUGAGAUCACUCUCAUCUGGUUCGGCGAAAAGGCCAUCGAAGGCUGGACUCGCGCCAAUGCCGAUCUCGAGCAGGACUACCCCGGUGGCACUUCCAAGACCUUCACCAUUCACCUCACCGCUGGCACUUACACCCCGUUCCGGCUCCUGUGGGCUAAUGCUCAGGGUGAUCUCAACUUCAUCGCUGAGGUCCAGGCUCCUGAUGGAAAGGUCAUUGUCAACGGUGAUGGCAGCGAUAACAAGUACUUUGUUCGCUUCGCCUGUGAUGAGAGCACACCUUCUUUCCCUGAUUUCGGCUACGGUGGUUAA